AUGUUCCCAGCCACAGCCGGGCACCUUGCCGAGACGGGUCUCGAAUCUCCACUGCAAACUUCCCCUACGGCUGCCUUCGAACUCCCCGGAUAUGGAUAUGGAGGUCCGAGUGGAAGGCACUCUAAGGGUGGGGUGAUUAAGCCCACCGUGGUGUGCAAAGAGAAGGGUCCAUGUACAGGGAAGAAGCUGACGUGUCCGGCCAAGUGCUUCAGCUCUUACAACCGAUACGGGAAGAACUUUGGUUCCGGCGACAACGGUGGUGGUUGCACAAUGGACUGUAAGAAUAAAUGCGUUGCUUACUGUUGA